AUAAACAAAAUAAUACUCUUGAUAAAAUGACGGGUUUUCACACAGACUCUGACUUUUAGUGUUUGUGUAUAUACGCACGACAUAUAUGACCGAUUAAGCGCUGAGAUAACCCAAUAAACACUUUCCGAAGAAACGACCAUGCAAACAUGACAAAAUACCAAUGAAAGGGAGCUGACGAUAUAAAUACGAAACAACUUGGAGAGCUACUCGAGUUUUAAUGUCGCUAUUUAUCAUAAACGGUAUAAUUUCUUACAAAUGCGGGAGCAUUUACAGUUGAGACAAACAGUCUCACUGACAGCGAAAGGCAAGGUUUCGUUUCGUUUUCGUAUUACGGAGAGUUAAACGAAAACUACUAGUCCGUACGAGAUAACCGUCUAUACGUCCGUGUUUUUUUAUUAAUCGUGUCUGCACAUUGCUGCCCGAGUGUCAGAGCGAGGCCGAGCUGAUAUCGCGAUAUCUCUGAGUUUUUAGUAGAAUUAUGUUGGUUAGGGUGGGAAUUUCCCACAUCCGUGACGUCACAUCGAAACACGGUUCCUCAGUUUGAGUGAUAUGGUUGUAAUGAUUUGACACUUAAAUGACCAGUACAGUAUCUGAAUACAGCAAUAUUAUUUACAUUUCAUGAGAGACCAGUUAAUAUCUUCGUACGAACGAGUUUGCUGUCACUAAUCGUGUCAAAGUGAAGACUGGGCCGCUGUAGCUAAAUCUACCAUGGAUACGUCAAACACGUUAUCUGGGUUUUGCUUUCAAAACCGAAACUUUCGGCGUUUCAGAUGAGACAUAAACGCUGCUUCUUCUAGCGAUCUAGUUACAGUCAGUGGAUGGCACUCACAUCCAUACUGCCUACUACAAAACAUUAAUGUCAAGAUAAAAAGAUGCUGGAUGUACUAAGAAGUUCCACUGCAGUUCUGUAGGGAACUCAGUACUUGAGGAGUUUUUGGAUCUGAUACUUUUCUCUAGUUAUUUUUUGGUACCUUUGAAGCCAUCAUGCAGAGCACAGCUAACUACCUGUGGCUGAUCUCAGACCUGCUGGGCCAGGGUGCCACAGCCAACGUGUACCGUGGCAGGCAUAAGAAAACGGGUGACCUCUAUGCCGUCAAAGUGUUCAAUAACCUGAGCUUCCUGCGGCCUCUGGACGUGCAAAUGAGAGAGUUUGAGGUGCUGAAGAAGCUCAAUCACAAGAACAUUGUCAAACUCUUCGCUGUGGAGGAGGAGUCAAACUCACGUCACAAGGUGCUGGUUAUGGAAUACUGUCCAUAUGGCAGUCUCUACACCGUUCUGGAGGAGCCAUCUAACGCUUACGGACUGCCCGAAGAUGAGUUCCUCAUUGUGCUACAGGAUGUUGUGGCCGGGAUGAACCACCUGCGGGAGUAUGGAAUAGUGCACAGAGACAUUAAGCCAGGGAACAUCAUGCGUGUGAUAGGUGAAGAUGGACGCUCGGUCUACAAGCUGACAGAUUUUGGGGCAGCGAGAGAGUUGGAAGAUGAUGAACAGUUUGUGUCACUAUAUGGGACAGAGGAGUACUUGCACCCAGACAUGUACGAGCGGGCGGUGUUGAGGAAAGACCACCAGAAAAAGUACGGAGCUACAGUAGACCUCUGGAGCAUCGGCGUCACGUUCUACCACGCUGCCACUGGCAGUCUGCCCUUCAGACCUUUUGAAGGACCACGCAGGAACAAGGAAGUCAUGUAUAAGAUCAUUACAGAGAAACCAUCAGGGGCCAUCUCAGGACACCAGAAGUUUGAGAAUGGCAAGAUUGAGUGGAGCACAGAGAUGCCAGUGUCCUGCAGCCUCUCUAAAGGCCUACAAAGUCUGCUAACACCUGUGCUUGCGAACAUAUUGGAGGCUGACCAGGAGAAAUGCUGGGGCUUUGACCAGUUCUUUGCUGAGACCAGUGACAUUCUGCACCGCACUGUGGUGUAUGUCUUCAGUCUGCAGCAAGCCACGUUACACCACGUCUACAUCCACACAUACAACACAGCUACACUCUUUCAGGAGUUGCUCUUCAGACGAACCAACAUCAGUCCUCCCAGCCAGGAGCUGCUGUACGAGGGCAGGCGUCUAAUCCUGGACCCCAACAGGCAGGCACAAACAUUCCCCCGAACCACCAGGGAUAAUCCCAUCAUGCUUCUUAGCAGAGAACUCGUCACUACUGUUGGCCUCAUCUUUGAAGACCCGAGCCCUCCCAAAGUACAGCCGCGCUACGACCUGGACCUGGACGCCAGCUAUGCUAAAACGUUUGCAGGUGAUGUGGGCCACCUGUGGAAGACCUCAGAGUCAUUACUCGUCUAUCAGGAGCUGGUGAGGAAAGGAGUAAGGGGUCUCAUAGAGCUGAUGAAAGAGGACUUCAAUGAGACGGCGCAUAAGAAAGCAGAGGUUUUCCACAUGUGUAACCACUGCAACCAGACACUGGAGAAGACUGAACAGUUGUGUGAAGUGUUAAUGCAAGGAAACAUGUUACCAACAGAAUAUGAUGAAAUCUCAGACCUGCGCAAGAAAGCCAUGCGACUGUCUGGGUCGCUGGGUUCCCUGGAUCAGUCCAUGCAAGACAUCAAAAACAAGUUCCUUCCUGGAGGAAUACUGACAGAGACGUGGACACAGCAAGUGGGCACACACCCUGAAGACAGAAACGUGGAGAAAAUAAAAGUUCUCCUUGAUGCCAUUACAGCCAUUUAUCAGCAGUUCAAGAAAGACAAAGCUGAAAGACGUCUGCCUUACAAUGAAGAACAAAUCCACAAAUUUGACAAGCAGAAGCUGGUUUACCAUGCCACCAAAGCACGUGCCCUGUUCACAGAUGAGUGUGCAAUGAAGUACCGUCUCUUCAUCUCCAAGAGCGAGGAAUGGAUGAGGAAGGUGCAUCAUGUUAGAAAACAGCUGCUAUCACUGUCUGCCCAGUUCAUCAACAUGGAACAGGAAGUGACCUUGAUCAUUCAGCGCGUGUAUAAGUUUCUGGAACAGCUGCCACAGAAGGUCAUUCCCAUGGCAUCAAGUGGUAUCAAGCCUCAGGCCUACCUCAGCCAGAGCACUCUAGUGGAGAUGACCCUGGGGAUGAAGAAACUGAAAGAGGAGAUGGAGGGCGUUGUCAAAGAGCUGGCAGAGAACAAUCUCUUUCUGGAGAGGUUUGGCACAUUGACAGUAGACAGUGGACUGAGAAAAGUGGACCGAAUCUGAGAGAACUGGACAGCUGUGAUGAGCCAACACUCCUUAAGGCCAAGGUUCCUGUCUGGAAGCGAGCUGUAUAUAUGCUAUAUAGUGUAAAUGUAAAUACUGAUAUAGACAUUUAGAUUUUUUUUUCCAUCAACUUCGCAUUUCUUAAUUAUGUAUAACUCAAAUAGGAGCUGCCUGCUUUUAAGCCUGAAUUAUAUCUUUACUGAUUAUCUAUUAAUGUUCAGAUCAUGCUUCUUUUCUGUUUUAUCUAUUUCCUCUUCAUUUUUGUAAGCAGACAACAUAAGACCUCUAGAGAAUUAAACUCUACUGUAUUCAUCUUUAAUUAUUGCACAUGAUCACCAUUUUAAACUGCAGACCUGCCAUGGCUUUAUUAACAUGUAUCUCCAUGGAGCUGGCAUUAAAUGAAACAAGAGUGUCCCACAUUAUGUGAAGGUUUGAGAUACGGCUGCGAAUCAGGAGCUGAGGCUGCUUAUAAAGCCACAGAUUUUGUAACUAGGUUGACCAUUACACUUGACCAGUACUGUUAUCCAAAGCGAUGCACAAUGAGAUCUCGCCAUUGUCGGAUUUAGAAUGAAGAUGCAUAGUUUACUUUUGCCUUUUUUUCUACAUGAUGACAGGUACAACAAAGCUAGGGUUUCCUUCUUGAUUUAAGAUGCACAUUAAACAGUUAAAUGUG